UGCUGCAAGGGCACUUUGUUCCUGAUUUCAGACUUACAGCUUAGAGGAUGACGCUUUGCACCAGUAUCACUGGCCACUUUCAGGAGCUGUUUGUGGGAAUAAUCAUCAUCUGCCUGGUUGGGUUAAGCCAGAUCCAGAUCCAGCUUAAUCUCGAUUCAGAGGAGAUGUGUGCCUGUAUCCAGUGUAUGGCAGAAAGUAAAGCGGACCCCUGGUUCACAGAGCGCUACAAGAACCGGGUGCCAAAACUUCUGUCGAGGCAGAACAGCGAGCUCAGUCCUAACACUAGCAAAUGGUGGCAGCGGCUUCAAGGUGGGCCACGUAAGAACUACAGUGAACUUGUGGAGACUCUGUUCUCGCUGUUCCCUGAUGAAGAACACUACUCAGACGCUGGUCCUCACCGCUGCAGAACCUGUGCUGUGGUGGGCAACUCUGGAAAUCUGAAAGGAUCUCAUUACGGCCCUCUAAUAGAUGCCCAUGACUUUGUCAUAAGGAUGAACAAAGCCCCUACUGCAGGCUUUGAGAAGGACGUUGGGUCAAAGACCACUCACCGCGCCAUCUACCCCGAGAGUGCUGUGGACAUGGACAACUCUACCCACCUUGUCCUGGUACCAUUUAAAAUUCUGGAUCUUCAGUGGCUCAUCAGUGUCUUCACCACCAAACACAUCACGCGCACAUAUACUGUAGUGAAAAACACAAUACAAGCAGACUACGACAAGGUGAUGAUAUUACAUCCUGAGUUUAUGAAAUAUGUCUACGAGAUCUGGCUGCAGAAACAGGGGAAAUAUCCUUCUACUGGCUUCAUGAUGCUCAUGCUCUCCUUGCACAUUUGUGACCAGGUGAAUGUAUUUGGAUUUGGUGCCAGUGAAGAUGGGAACUGGCACCAUUACUUUGACAAAAAAUAUCAUCAUUUUCUCAAUACGGGUAUGCACAGAGGAAGCUCCGAAUACAACAUCACUCUGAAACUCCACCAGAAAAACAAGAUCCGGAUGUAUAAAGGAUGGUAAAUUUAAGUCAGAUAUCAAACUCCGACAGUAUAAUAUGGGAGAUGUAUGAUGAAGCCUUUGUGAAAAGAAAACAGUUCGCAAGAUUUCCACCACUUGGCCAGCUGAUGGCGUCUCAACCCAUCUUCAGAAGCAGUGCAUUCAUGCAUGGGUGACCGCUGGUAGUGAUAGACCCAACUAACCACUGUCCUCAUGUUAUACAAAUAAGCAUCAUGAGACUGUGUUUUCCAUGGUCAUCUUUUAAGCUCUGUUUAUCUAUCUGUUGUUUCUGUUACCCCCCUACAUAACUCCCAUAAAAAUAAAAGUUUGUUCCUCUGGUGAGCACAUCUA